AGAUAGGGCAAUAUGUCGUCGUACGAAGUUCCACCGUUCCCUGUGCUAUCAACACCGUUUCUGCUGCAAUACAUCCCGUCGCUCAUCGAGGAAGUUCAGAAAAAGUACAACUCCCAAGUGCGUCUGAUCCCGAUACCGUACCUCCCCGCGUCUUCUUCAUCACCAUCUCUACCCUCGUUUUCUCUUCACUCGGACUCUCCGUCUCUGUCCCCAUCGACUACAGUAACCUCCUACAGUACACCUUCGUCACCGGAUGGGAAACAGCUCAAGUUUGCCACGUGUUCACCGGUUUGUCAGUGCAAAGUUUGCGGGAAGCGAUUCAGCCGCCAAUGGCUUCUGCAGGGACAUUUGCGAACGCAUACCGGCGAAAAGCCAUUCCAAUGUGAGAUCUGCUCGAAACGAUUCGCUGACAAGAGCAACUUGAGAGCCCACAUCCAAACUCACUCAGGUACUAAACCCCACAAAUGCCCCAGAUGCGGGAAGAGCUUUGCUCUGAAGUCGUAUCUUUCGAAGCACGAGGAAUCGAAGUGUCUUCCGCGAAUGGAUUAAUUUUUUUAAUGAAUUCUGUAAAUUUUUAAACUUACUUAACUAAAAAUUAUUUGAAAUUUCUAUUAUUUCCAUCAAAACCCCUAAAAAACGAGACACUACGAAAAAAGACUUCCAGAGACACAAAAACGCCAAAAUUCUGGUUUUUCUGAUAUUUCCUACCUAAUUUCUAUGUUUUAUUUUAAAUUUCUAGUCCCCUUGAACAUAAAUUGUGCUUUCAUCUCCCCUCAUCCGUGCCUUGAAUCUUGGAUUUUAAUAUUAAUUUUUAAAUUUUUUUCUGAAUAUUUAAUUAAUUGGUUUUUUUAUUUGAAAAUAA